GGUUAAUGCUUCGCGCGACUUUAUAUUCGUGAACUUUCGUCUUAGGUCUUCAAUCAUUUGUUUCAAAAAUAUUACGUCUUUGCAUUUUGCACGUUACGUCUUUGUUGUGAAAAGCGAAUACGCUAUAAAGAAGUAGUUUUUCCAUCAAAUUUGACACACCAAGGGUUCAUAACUCAUAUAUUCUGUAGCAAGUAUAUAAGAAGAUUCUAUAUUAAUUAUAAUUGUAUUAAUUAUCUAUAAGAUGCCUCGACAAACAAAGAAACGGUCGAAAAUACUUUCUGACAAAAUGGAAUCAAAUAUCCUGGAUCCAGUUUUAACAACGAAGAAAAAACAGCAUGUAGAUAUUAACAAGAGUGAGCAAAAUUUAGUUAAGAAUGAAGAUCUAUUUAAAAAAAUUGCAUUAUUAGAAGACAAAGUACAAACAAGCAUUGCUGAGAGAUUGCAAUAUGAAAAAAGUAUAAAAAAUGAAGAACAAAAAUGGCAAAAAAUAUUAAAUAUGAAAACACAAGAAGUAAAAAUGUUUAGAAUAAAAAUGCAAAAAUUGAGAACACUACAAAUGCAGGAGAAAAAAAAGAUGGAACAUAAAAUUAAAAUAUUAAGACAGAGAAUCAAAGAAGUAAAGAAGAAUUCUCAGAAGAACAUAGAAAGAGAAAUUUCUGAAAUAUGUAUAGCAAAUUUAACAACACAAUUUAAAGAAGUUUUUGAGCCUCUGAAGCAGUCAGGAAAUAAAUUUGAUGUCGAAGAUGUGAUUGCAUAUUUCAAGAUUAAUAAAAACGUGAUUGUCAAACCUAGACUGAAUUAAACAUCUUCAGAUUCUUCAACUUCUUCGAGUUCUUCAAAUCUUUCAUGAUAUACACAUAUGAUGUACUAUGCAUUAUCUAUGGAUGAAAUGGAUGAUAACAAAUCAGAGGAAGAUACGGAUCAAGAAUCACAGGAAGAUAUGGAUAAAGAAUCAGAGAAAAAUAUGGAUAAUGAAUUAGAGAAAGAUAUGGAUAAAGAAUCAGAGAAAGAUACGGAUAAAGAAUCAAAGGAAGAAAAAAAGA